UUUUUGAAGCGUCUAGUCUUGUUAUGGCUCAUUCUGAGGCAGUUUAGUGAAGUGGGAUUCGGUGAUGUUGGGUUCUCCUUUACUUCUAGACCUGUUCAGAAAAAUCAUUGGAAUAAUAAUAACAUGACCUGGGUCGGUUAAAUAAGUGUAGGGUUGGCCCAAGCCAAUAUAAACCUAAACCCUGAACCUUUUUACCGAAAUUCCUUCAAUCACCCAGUCGCCCACACGCUCCGUCGCCGCGCCCCUUUCCGAAAUUCCUUCAAUCUUCUCAAGGGUAGUGUUAAGAGGAAGAGUCCUAAGAAGCUACUAAAGGAAGAAGAGCUCUCAGAAAAUUUGCAUUCUGAGAAAUAAAUUCUCCAUAAACAUGGCGGGGCUUCUAUUUAAUGAUAUUUUCAAGGUCAAGUGUGUCAACCCAGAUGGUAAAAAGUAUGAUAAAGUUUCUAGAAUUGAAGCACGGAGUGAGAAGCUUUCGAUGCAUAUGCUGCUGGAUGUAAAUACAGAGAUAUAUCCUAUUGAUGAAGGUGAGAAGCUUCUGAUGGUCUUGUCUCCCACGUUGAACUAUGAUGGAUCUCCUGUUACCAGCUAUAAAGAUCAGGAAGGGAAGAAAUCUUUAGCUGAUAAGUUUGAAUACAUCAUGCAUGGUAAAACAUACAAACUUUCAGAUGAAGGCUCAGGUUCAGACUUGAAAGUGGAGGUUUAUGCAUCUUUUGGAGGACUCCAAAUGCUGUUGAAGGGAGAUCCCAUCCACUGUGCCAAAUUCAGGGUGGAUCAGAACAUGUUUUUGCUCCUUCGAAAACUCACAUAAAACAUACAAAUCUCUAGUAUGGCCUUUUGUUAUUACAAAGAUUGUGAUAACUCUGCAUAACUAUUGAUCAUAUCUGCAGAUAAAUUUUGAAUUGAAUUCUUUUACCAGAUCGAUCUUCAUAGUCGUUGUAUGGUUAGUGCUAUCUUAAAAUUUUCUAGUGGUUUGUUUUUUUCACUCAACAUUAGUGAGUGUUGCAACAAUUCUCCUUAGAUUGUAAUUUAAAUUAAUUGAACUA